AUGAGCAUGUUAUUAGCACAACAGGAUAUAAUGGCUAUUGCCAUGGGUGCAGGUGCCUAUGUAGCAUGGUUCAUUGCACAUAGGUCCAACCCUGGCUUUGCAUUCAACCUUGCCACAUCACUACUCACAGCAUCAUCCGUGAUAUUCACAUUCUCAUUAUUAGCCAAUGAUGAUAGAACAAGAAGAUCAUUGGUUGUUGGAUAUCUGAUCAAUGGUGUUUGGAACAUAAUGCAACAUGGUUGGUUGAAUGUAUUGGCACUACCAAGACUAUCAUCACCAAGUUGGUAUCCAUUGGCAAGUGCAGUGUUUGACCUCUGUAUAGCAUUCCACUAUUCAGCUCUCAAGAAUCAAAUCAAGAGAAGGAUCUAA